AUGCUAUGGACUUCAGUAGCAAACAAUACCGGUCAAGAUUCAAUAGAUAUUUUAGAUGCAUAUACAUUCGAACAAUUGUCUGCUUACAAACAUAAUGCAACACUUUUUAUUGACAAAGGCACUUUUAUCAAGGUUUUAAAUCAAACAACGUAUCAAUUAGUUGGUGGAAUAAACAAUAAUAAUCCAGGUGGUCGUGGUUUAGGUUUAAAAGUUUUUGAACAAAUUUCUCACUGCGAAGCUGUUUUAUAUGGUAAACGGGAAGAAAAUUGGCUCAUUUUAGAACAAGACUUAACCGAGCAUGAUUUUAGUGAAUGAAGUCAUGCAUAACUUUGACUUAAUUUAUUUUUAAAGCAAAAUAUUGAAAGCAAAUAAAAUGAAUUACACAGAAAUUAUCGUCGAGAAAAAAGAGAAUUCAACAGUUUCUAUUUAUAGAUAUUCAUGGAAAGCGUGUAAGUAACAAUAUUUAAAUAGACUGAUAAAUUGUUCUAACGACAUUAAAAAAGAUUCUUACAUCAACAGAAGAUCCAAAUAUCUUAUGUACUUCAAAGCUCGUCUAAUGCAUGGAAUAUUUUUUCCAACAUGUAUUUUUUUUAUUUGAAUUGAAAUUAGUGAAAAGAUAGAAAAGACGAGGAAAAACAGCUGGAUGAAAGUUUGAAAGAAGAAUACUGGAAAGUCAAUCGUAUUCACUCACAUUGAUAAUCACUGAUAGCCUUGUUUGAUUUUUAGUAUUGAGUUGCUUUUGUUUAAUAUUACCUACGAAGAAAAAAGUCAGACGAGACCAUCAAAUAUAGAAUCAAAUAAAACUAAAAAUAAGUAUAAAAAUCGUAGAAGAAACAUCAAAACGUUCUGGC